CGGUCUUCCUCUGUUGUAUGUUCGUUGUCGUUUUAAGGCCAAAACCCUGUCAACGGAAGAGGAACCCUGCAGCCUCACUCACGGACCUCUCGCUUAGAGGCGGAUAUGUUCUUCGGAAAACUCUCCAUUCCAACAUUCUUGCACAACCCAGACAUCACCAUCCACAGAAGACACGUUUCAAGUCUCAAGGUCGUAUGGCGCAAAGAUUCCAAACUCGACCAAGCCAUAGAGAACGACAAGCAAUACAAGCUCUGUGCCAGAGUCGUCAAGGAGGUUCUCAAUGAACCUGGUCAGGUAAUCCCUCUUCGAUACCUCGAAAAGAGGCGCGAGAGGUUGCGUCUUAAUGUAAAGAUCCAAACUUUUCUUGCUCGUAAUCCGGGGUUGUUUGAUACUUAUUAUGAUCGAAUCAAACCCAAGUCCGAACCUGUUCCCUUUUUGCGGGUUAGUGAUCAGCUUAAAGGUUUUCUAGAGGAUGAGGAAAGGAUUAAUUUGGAACAUGAGCCGUGGAUUGUGUCCAAGUUGUGUAAGUUAUUGAUGAUGUCCAAAGAUAAGGUAAUCAGUGCGGAUAAAUUGGUGCAUGUGAAGAGGGAAUUUGGAUUGCCGAAUGAUUUUAUGGUCACAUUGGUGCCUAAGUAUCCCAAUUAUUUUAGGCUAGUUGGGUGUCCGGGGGAAGGUAAGUCAUUUUUGGAGUUGGUUGAUUGGAACCCCGAGUUUGCUAAAUCAAGAAUUGAGCAGAGAGCUGAAGAGGAAUCGAGGGCAAUGGGGAUAGGCGUUCGGCCUAACUUCAAUGUUAAGCUUCCGCCUGGAUUUUUUUUGAGGAAGGAAAUGAGGGAGUGGGUUAGGGAUUGGUUGGAGCUGGAUUACAUAUCCCCUUAUCAGGAUGUGUCACAUUUGGAUCAAGCAUCACGAGAAAUGGAGAAGAGGACGGUUGGUGUUUUCCAUGAGUUGCUUUCACUCUCUCUGCAUAAGAGGGUCCCUGUUCCAAUUCUGGGUAAGUUCUGUGAGGAAUAUAGGUUUUCGAACGAGUUCUCAAAUGUGUUUACAAGGCAUUCUGGGAUAUUUUACGUGUCACUGAAAGGUGGAAUUAAAACUGCUGUGCUUAGGGAGGCAUAUAAGGAGAGUGAGUUGAUUGAUCGGGAUCCUUUGAUUGAGAUAAAGGAUAAUUUUGUUCAGUUGCUAGAGAAAGGAUGGCAGGAAAAGGCAGAGGUGUCAAGGAUGCAAAGGGAAGACCUUAAGCAGCACAUGGAAAUGAUGGCGGUGAGAAAUCAGGAUUUGGAUGAGCAAGAGUGCAGUGAGCCACAUUGAAACAGUUAUGGUGAUCAGGAAAUGCAACUGGAGCAGCAUAAUUAUGGCUGUCAGAUUAUGCAGGAAGUAAAAUGUUCAUGUCGAAAAUUGAUCAAAAACUAAGUGUUGCAUCAAAGGCCUUGUGGAACAUGAAGGCUUAUCUGCAGCGUUAUUCCUUGGGGAGGCUUCAGACAUUUCCGCAGGUACAGCUCAGAUGGGGAGAUGCGAGAUGUUUACGCUAAUGUUUCUUGCAGCCAUCUCAGUGUUCUUGCCCAAAAUGGAAAGCCAGGUAGCUCCACGUCCGCUUUGUUCCUCCCAGUUAGCCCUGGUGAACUAUGCUUGCUCUAUGCUGCCAUCGCCUUAUGCUCCGCCUUUAUCAUCCUCCCUUAACUCCUCUCUGGAUGAGCAUGACAAUGGCAAGAGAAACAUAAGUGGUCAUGAGAACCGACACCAUGACCGUGACGACGAGGAUGAUGAUAAUGACCAUGAUCAUGAUAACCACCACCACCGCCACCAUUGUCACCACCGCCACUGCCAUCAUGACCAUGAUCACGAGCACGACCAAGACCAUCACCAUCACCACCACCACCAUCACCAUCAUGAUGACGACGACGAUGAUGACCACCACCAUCAUCAUGAAAACCCUGUAGAAGCAAAUUGUUGCCACUGGCUUACUGAGUUAGCUGAUGAGUGUGUAUGUGACAUGUUAGUUCACUUGCCUGUCUUCCUGGCAAGGCCUGCUCACCAAUACACUAUCAUGGUUGAUGAUUCUUGCAAUGUCACUUACACUUGCGGAGGCCGAGUUAGACCAUAAGGAGGUAUCUUGAUUCAUGGAUGAUUUGGUUUAAUACCUAUUAUUAACUUGAAGAUGCAAUUUGUAGUCAGUCUUUACAUGUUCUGGUCUCUAUCUCCUGCCUAUGUUUCUAUUACCUUGCAUUCCUGAAAAUAAAUUGUAUGCAUUGUAGGUAAACUAAGAACUACCGAUUGUGACAAAAGUUUAAUCAAAGUUGGACAAAUAUUUUUGCAGGAA